AAGAAUGUGGUUUUGCUCCUUCUAGCACCCUUCACCUCUUCCUUUUUUUUCUGUUCUUCCUUUCUUUUUUCUUUUCCCUGCAAAUCAUCUAUGGCUUGGAUUGCUUUUGGUCGCUUUGAUGACUCUUUUAAUGUUGCCUCUCUCAAGGCCUACCUUGCUGAGUUCAUCUCCACCCUGCUCUUUGUAUUCGCUGGCGUCGGUUCUGCAAUUGCCUACAAUAAGCUCACAAGCGAUGCAGCUCUAGAACCUGCUGGACUUGUAGCUAUUGCAGUCUGCCAUGGCUUUGCCUUGUUCGUGGCUGUUUCCGUCGGUGCCAACAUCUCCGGUGGCCAUGUCAACCCGGCUGUUACCUUUGGAUUGGCUCUUGGGGGGCAGAUCACAAUUCUCACUGGCAUCUUCUAUUGGGUUGCCCAGCUUGUUGGAGCCAUUGUAGCUUGCUUCCUACUCAAGGCUGUCACAGGAGGCUUGGCUAUUCCAACUCAUGGCCUGGGCGCCGGCGUCGGUGCAGUUGAAGGAGUCGUAAUGGAGAUUAUCAUAACUUUUGCAUUGGUUUACACCGUCUAUGCAACUGCAGUCGACCCGAAGAAGGGCUCAUUGGGCACAAUUGCACCCAUAGCCAUUGGGUUCAUUGUGGGUGCCAACAUCCUAGCAGCUGGUCCAUUCUCUGGUGGCUCAAUGAACCCGGCUCGCUCCUUCGGACCGGCUGUGGCCAGUGGGGACUUCACAGACAACUGGAUCUACUGGGUUGGUCCUCUUAUUGGAGGUGGCCUGGCUGGGCUUAUUUACGGAAAUGUUUACAUGAGCCCCACAGAACAUAUCCCUCUGUAAUGAAUUCGAACCACAGUCUGCUCUUGUUUCCUUUUGCUGAGAGCUGCAGUUGCAGCUGUUUUCCUCUGUAUUCUCUUUCAAGUUCAGAAAGAACGCUCUCUGAUGUUGGUGUGCUUCGUAAAGAUGGAUUCUGUUUGUUUUUAA